UUACUCUCAACAGUACGACUCCGCUACACGCAUCCAAUAUUUAUAACACAAAAUACAUCUCAAACGACAAACCCACCUUAACAAGUGAUAACAAUCAUCUCCAUUAUCACUUAUGGAUUGAACUCUCAAAAAGGACUACAGUGCAGUGAAAUGCUAAGUUUUUCUUCAAAGCGCGAGUGUAUAACGUACUUUGUUUCGGAAAUGGUGAUAUCGACCCACGGGGAGUGUUUAUGAGACGUUUCGAAGUGAAAUGAAAAAUCUGUGAUAAUGUACAAGAUACUGGCUGUAUUUUUUGCGCUUGUGCACGGCGGGUGGUCGCUGCCGCCGUACGGUGACAAGUGCGUCCGACUAUCCGACAGAGACUCUGAAAAUAGUGUAUUGUGUAGAACACGGACUCUUGACGGCGAUGGAGGCAGCAUCGCAUCAGUAUCACCCGACACCAGUCGCCUCUCCAUCGAGUGUAACCAUUUACUUCUUUUCGAAAGCUCUCUAAAAGCCCGCUACUUUUCACGCGUCGCGGGUCUCAGUGAACUUACAGUAAGCAACUGCAAGUUGCUCAAUGUGCCCGACAACACUUUUCAAGACUUGAAUAAACUAAAAAGGCUGAAACUUCGUUCAAAGAACUUUGAAUGGAGUAAUACCAAGAAUUUAGAGUUAUCUUUGAACUCUUUCAAUGGAUUGACAAAGUUGGAAUCGUUGGAUCUUGCUCAAAAUAACAUAAAGUUCAUUCCUUCGGGCGUCUUCUGUCCAUUGGGAAAUUUGACCACGCUGAAUCUAACCCAAAACCGAAUUAGAACAGUUGGUCAACUUGGAUUCGGUCAAGGCUGUGGCUUAAGUUUAAAUAGCUUGGAUUUAAGCCGCAACGAGAUUAAAACCCUACCAGAGGAGUCAGAGUUGCUCAAACUAAGAAGCUUGAGCCAUUUAUAUCUACAACAUAAUAAUAUCAGUGACAUAUCAAGUGAAGUAUUAAAUCUAAAUAUUCGAGUUUUAAACAUAUCGCACAAUCGUCUGCACACAUUACCUGAAGGACUUUUUAAUAAUGCUAGAGAACUGCGGGAGAUAUAUUUGAAUGACAACUCGCUUUAUGAACUAGCUCGAGGUGUGUUUCACCGCUUGGAUGAAUUAAUUGUUUUGGACCUGUCUAGUAAUCAACUAACGAGUAAUCAUAUUGAUGAUGGUACAUUUAAAGGUCUGAUAAGAUUGAUUGUACUGAAUUUAUCGAACAAUGCUUUAACUAGAAUCGACGGAAAGACAUUCCAAGAUUUAUUCUUUUUGCAAGUGUUAAACUUAAAGAACAAUUCUAUUGGCUACAUUGAAGACAAUGCCUUCUUGCCAUUGUAUAACUUACACACAUUAAAUUUAGCAGAGAAUAGACUUCACACAAUAGAUGAAAAUUUGUUCAACGGGUUAUUUGUACUUAACAAAUUGACACUCAACAACAAUUUGUUAGUAAACAUUGACCGGAAAGCUUUCAAAAACUGUUCAGACUUAAAAGAGUUGGAUUUGAGUUCAAAUCAAUUAAUGGAUGUGCCCGAGGCAAUUUGGGAAUUAUCUUUUCUCAAAACACUCGAUUUGGGGGAGAAUCAAAUAUCGGACUUCAGAAAUGGUUCAUUCAAAAACCUUAACCAAUUAACAGGGCUAAGAUUGAUCGACAACCAAAUUGGAAAUCUUUCCGUCGGCAUGUUUUGGGACUUACCGAGCUUGCAAGUGCUCAAUAUCGCUAAGAACAAAAUCCAAUCGAUCGAAAGAGGAACCUUUAGCCGGAACACACAGCUGGAAGCAAUAAGAUUGGAUGGCAACUUCCUGUCCGACAUUAACGGCGUCUUCUCGACGCUUGCCAGUCUUUUGUGGCUCAACUUAUCGGAAAAUCAUCUAGUGUGGUUUGACUAUGCAUUUGUGCCUAGUAAUUUGAAGUGGUUGGACAUUCACGGCAACUUUAUAGAACAUUUAGGCAAUUACUACAAGUUGCAAAAUGAAAUUCGUAUAAAGACAUUGGACGUUAGUCAUAAUCGUAUAGUGGACAUUUCAGCUAUGGCUAUUCCUAAUAGUGUUGAACUAUUGUUUAUAAAUAAUAACUUUUUGAACAAUAUUCAAGUGAAUACGUUCUUUGACAAGAAAAACUUGACGCGAGUGGACAUGUAUGCGAAUGAACUAGUGCAUUUAGAUUUAAAUAGUUUACGUUUAUCAACAGUGCCGGAAAACAAAAGCUUACCUGAAUUCUACAUCGGAGGUAAUCCGUUCCAGUGUGAUUGUACUAUGGAGUGGUUACCGAUCAUAAACAAUAUGACGGCAAUGCGGCAGUAUCCACGUGUGAUGGACUUAGAAAAUGUUUUGUGUAAAAUGACAAAUAGUCGCAGUGGAACACAUGUGCCGUUAACUAAUCUUAAGACAACAGACUUUUUAUGUAAGUACGAAACACAUUGUUUUGCCAUAUGUCAUUGUUGUGACUACGAUGCCUGUGAUUGUGAAAUGACUUGCCCCCAAAAUUGUACCUGUUAUCAUGACCCUUUGUGGAAUACCAAUGUUGUAGAUUGUUCCGGUCAAUCCUCUAUGGAGAUACCCAAUAAAAUACCCAUGGACGCAACAGAGGUAUUUUUAGAUGGAAAUAACAUAAGGGAGUUACAAAAUCAUGUUUUUAUCGGCCGCCAAAAAAUGAGAUCUCUGUAUGUGAAUAAUAGUAAUGUGGAUAGCAUACAAAAUCGAACAUUUGCUGGUCUUAAUGCUCUACAAAUAUUACACUUAGGUAACAAUAAGCUAAAAGAGUUGAAGGGAUUCGAAUUUCAUCAGUUGAGUAAUUUAAAAGAAUUGUUUUUACAAAAUAAUCUUAUCAGUCAUAUUGCAAAUAUUACAUUCUUUUCUUUAAGAUCUUUAGAAUCUUUACGACUUGAUGGCAAUAGAUUAGUCGACUUUGGUGUAUGGAAUUUCAAUAACAACCCCAACUUAAAAGCUCUUUCUCUUGGAAACAACUUGUGGUCAUGUAAAUGUCGCUACCUGCAGGAAUUAACUGCAUAUUUGGCAGAGAAUGCGCAAAAAAUCAUCGACAUAACCGAUGUAUGGUGUUGGAAUGGAGAGGCGAAACCGCCGCAGAAAAAAGAGCUCAAUUUAAACGGCACUGCCUGCAGCGAUUAUUAUGCCGAUAAUUCAGUCAUUGGAAAUAUGUUGGUUUCAAACUAUGUUCCCGUGAUGGUCUUAACACUUACCGGCUUUAUGUUAAUUUUAUUGACGCUCGUGGUACUGUUUCUUUUUAGAGACUCAUUGAGGGUUUGGUUAUAUACAAAUUGUGGAAUUAGAAUAUUUUCUUUUGCUGGGGCAUUUGAAGAAAAUAGCGAUAAAUUGUAUGAUGCAUAUGUAUGCUAUAGCCCAAAAGACGAAGAAUUCGUUGUGCAAUCGCUGGCGUCGAAAUUAGAAAAUGGGAAUCCAUCGUAUCAUCUCUGUCUUCAUUAUAGAGACAUUCCGCAUCACGGUGCUCAAUAUAUGCAGUGCGCGCCGCCGGUCGUCGAGGCCGCGGAGGCUUCGAAACGAAUAAUAAUAGUCCUGACGAGAAAUUUCUUACAGACAGAAUGGUCCCGAUACGAAUUCCGCCAGGGAUUGCAUGACGCGCUCAAAGGUUGCAUUUAUAAAUUAGUUUUAAUAGAAGACUGUACUGUCGUGGCGGACGCCCUUUGUGAUCAUGAUCUGCGUCCGUACAUGAAAACUGGUUUCCGAUUGAGAUUGAACCAGAAAAGAUUUUGGGAGCGCUUGAGAUAUGUAAUGCCAGACUCGUCACAUCCUAAUCACAAAGGGCGAAGUCAUAACUAUAGGAAAAAUAUUAACACUUACACGUUAGAUUCAUCCGUGCCUAAUAGCGGGAAUCGCACUCUUCCUUUCCCUGAUAAAUCCCCAGUAUUGGGUGGUCAAGGAGUGAGUGCGCCUCCUGAGUAUAGUAUUGAAGUGCGGCAGUCGCCGUCAGCUGUUCGGCAGACUCAAGGAGUCGUGUACGGGCCGGACGGCAGGCCCAUAUCAGAUCAUAUUUAUUCCUCAAUAGAUUCUGACUAUUCAUCGUUAGAGCACGGCAUGGCUCCAGGUAGACGAAGGGAAAUGAGGCAAUGGCCGCCCCCUCCCCCUUUAGUAGACACGGGCAAUACCGUGCAAGCUUACCUAGUCUAAAUGGGUCCUGCGUGACCCAACCUUCCAGUCAGAAGUUUGAAAAUAUGUAGAUUUUAUUCCUAACCCGCUGUAAAUAUUGUAAUUAUUAGUUUUAAGUGCUAUACCAAAUGUAAUUGAACUACUAUUGCCUGUUCGUUAUUCUGUGUAUAGAAAUGUAAUAAAAUUUUAAAGACUGCUGUAGUAUAUUGUAUUGUAAAUAGCAAAAAACAAGUGAUCAUAGUAUAA